AAGAAAUCCAUACGAAUCCACAGCCACCAACGCGCCCACGCGCCCACCAUCUAGAGAAAGACGCAUUGAUCGCGAAAGUAGUGGGAGGUUCCUAAGAACCGAAGUUCAAAGAAUACGAAUAGCCUUGAAUCAAAAGCACGCGACCGCUCGUUUGUUCACUUCUGCACAUCAAAUUCGUGUCUUGCAAGGUCACAUAUUUCAGACUUGGAAAAACGCCUCAGAGCCAUUGUUAUCACUCGUUUCGCCUAUGUAGUUUCGCCUUUAAAGCAUACCACUACUUCCGUAGUGACCCGCUACGUGCUGGCGAGAGUGUACUAGUGCUGGCUGCAUUUUCAGUGGUCUGCUUAUGUUGGAGCACCUUGUCACUUAUGCUGCUUGUGCUACAUUUGUGGAUUUAGCAUUACCCCUGCGGCGUGCAGGUUUUGGGAGAACUGUCACGGUACCACCGUUGCAUUACACAUGCCCUGCUGAUGCCCUUUUUGCAGGACUGGGCGGCUGCUGAGGGACCAUGAAGAUAAACGACAAAAAUCUGGUGAGCUUUGCUCUAAGCUCAAGCCCAGUCGACCGGGAAGGCUGGCUGCUCAAGCGUGGGGAAGUCAACCGUGCUUAUCAGAGGCGCUGGUUCCUUCUCAAGGGAAACCUACUGUUCUACUUUGAGAAGAAGACUGACCGGGAACCAUUGGGUGUGGUCAUUCUUGAAGGCUGUACUGUUGAACUGGCUGAGAAUGAGGAGAUGUUCGCUUUCAAGGUUGUGUUUCAUGGCUCUGGAAACCGGAUGUACAUGCUGUCAGCCGACACACAGGAGUCAAUGGAGGCUUGGAUGAAAGCAUUGGCAUGUGCGUCUUACGAUUACAUGAAGCUCAUGGUUGCUGAACUGCAGCGUCAACUCAGCCAAGUAGCGGAGGCUGAGCGCCUUGCCAAAUGUGGCAACACUGUGCCCCUGCUCAUCGGAGGGCAGCUGCCUGGAAACCGCUCUGACAGCUGCUUGUGUGUGCGAGAUACUCCAUCAGGCCGUGCAGCACGUUUCAACCCUUUUGACCGCUGGAAGGAGGACGGGUGUAGCGGCAAUGACAGCAGUGAAGCGGCCAAGCGAGGCAGCGGUGUCCCAACUAGCACCCCAGUGUCGUCACGGUCAUCAACAAAGUACACAUUUGCCGAGCUUCAUCGACGGCACGGAAUGCGAUUUCGGAAACUCAUAGAGGAGCGGAAGCGAAAAGAGGAGAAAGAGCGUGGCUUAGAUCUGCUCAUCGAUCUCUGAGAGCUGUUUUGUCCUAUAAAGAAUCCUGAUUUUUCUUUUUUUUUUAUCAACUGGAGA